AUGUCGGCGGUGGGGGAUAAAAAGCGGAGUCUCAGCAGGGCGUCAGAAGGGUUCAUCACGGAUGACGCCGAAGGGAUACAUACACCCUUGACUGGGACAGACUCCCUUUAUGGCACCUUUCCUUUCGAAUACCUCGAGGAACUUGAGAUUUAUGAUACCUUCGACACGGCAGGGCCUGAGAAAUUUCAACCAGCGAAGCCACCCCCAAACCCUAGCCAAACUGGGCUACUAUGCCUACCUCCUGUACAUCGGAUAUUCGAUUGGAUUUUAGGACGGAAUGUGGUAGUGAAGGAAGACCAACAGUCUGAGCAACAGCCACUUAAGAGUACCCCUCAGACUGGAAAAUAUGACCGCGAAGAGCAAUACAAAGCAGAUGUCGGUGGAAAGGGAGCAGUAGGGGAUGAUUACAUCGACAUAGGGGAUGUUCAGGACAUCUGCCCAGCCUGCACUACGCCAUACUGCCAAGCCAUCGAUUCCCUACCGUUCAAGAGCAGUUUAACGCUCAGCUACAACGACCCGGAAACACACACAUGGCAUAUCGGCGACAAGUAUAUCAUGACUGACAUAAUAGACGAAGAACCGCCUGGAGAGACGGACGUCACGUUAGCCUUAGCAGCCGAGCUGGUUAGGAGGUCGACGAGGGUCCCCGUGCCAAACGUUAUAGCCGGCUGGAGGGAGAACGGGAAGAUCAUCACGAUCACCGAACGUGCACCGGGCAAACGACUCUACGAUAUCUGGUGGAACCUUCAAACCGACGAAAAGGAGCAGCUCGCAAAACAGGUCGCGCGCCACAUCGACCAGUGGCGGCGCCUCACGGCCGACAGGAUCUCGAGUCUCAGCGGCGGCCCCGUGCGCUACCACACUCACCUCUUCGGGACUUCGCGAGACGGCUUCGGGCCGUUUGGAUCCGACGAGCAGCUGUGGGACGCCAUCUAUGCGCGGCUGAAUAAGAACAAGGUCGACGCGCGUGUGAUACGGGUUCUGAAGGAGUACUUACCGGAAUCCGCGCCCUGCGCCUUCACGCACGGCGACUUAUCCUGCGCCAACAUACUGGUCGACGACGGCAAAGUCUCGGCCAUCCUGGGCUUCGACAGCGCGGCGUGUCUCCCCGUGUGGGCCGAGUACGUCGCCGUGCACUUCUGCGGCAGCGAGGAGGACGAGCAGUGGAAGGCGCUGCUGAGCAGGCACAUGAAGAGCUAUGCGCGAGCGAAGGACUGGUGGGCGCUGUGGGCGGCGGUGAGGGAUAAAGAGAAUGCUGUGGAUAAGAAGCACAUCGCCGCCCUGGUCUCCCGCUGCUGUCGGUGGCAGAAGCCGCCGCAGAAGAAGCGGGCGUUUGACCUCGAGCUGGCUGAUGGCGAGCGGCAGAAAGAGAAAGAGAAAGAGAAAGAGAAAGAGGAUGGCGGUCCAUCGCAGCCCGUAGAUACGGAGGCAGAUCCGCAGCAGUCGUCCCGGCGGAACGGCUUCCAGGUGCCGAAGACGUACAGUCCGUUUGUGGUUGCGCUGAGUCGGAAGCUUCUGAAUGGGAUACGAUACUCUGAGUUGGUCACUAAUCCGGCCUUGGAGAAAGCCAUAGACUCGCCGUCGGAAUUAAGCCCAGAAGAUGAGGAAGAAGAUGAAGAAGAAGACGAAGAGGAAGAAGAGGAAGAGGAAGAAGAAGAAGAAGAAGAGGAAGAGGAGGAGAAGGAGGAGGGGGAAGAAGAGGAAGAAGAAGAUGAUGGAUUCGUUGGAUAUGAUGGGUACAGUGAAUACGCCGAAGACUUAGGCGCAGACGAAGAAGAAGAAGCACCAGAAAUGGAACAACGAGGGCAAACUUCCGUGAGGACCGAUUCAGACAUAACUACCGUGUCUGAUAUCAUAAGAGCAUGGUACGAAGGUGGAACACAUAUUGGUAAACGCAAGCGGAUUGAACGGUGGAUUUCAGAGGGCGAGAGGGGUCGAAAGGAGCUUCCGAGGCCAUAUUCAUCUCAGCGGCUGUCGAACGAGAGAGCCGCAGAAUCCACACACUCCAGCCAAGGAAAAGACCCGCACUGGCGAGCGAGGCAGCGGUCUUUUGAACGAAAAGACAACACGGCUAAAGGCUUGAGACCUUUCAGCUUGCCUGUGUCCCAUCUAUCGGAGGUCACUAGGCAGGAGAUGAGAGAAAACGAAGACCUAGAGGAAGAAGACGAAGAUGAAGAUGAAGAUGAGAACGAGAAAGACUACGAUAAGCGCGAGAAGUCAAUCCAGUACACGCUCCGCUCCCUAGAAGCCAGAGACGGAGAAGGAGAAGAAGCGGUCGCGAGCACCAGCACAGCGCCGAGCAAUGCCAACAAUGCACGGAGCAGCCACAGCCCCGACACGGAGAGGAAGCGAACAUCCAUCUUUCGCGAGCGAAAUGCCCCGGGGUCGUUGUAUCUAGCACUUGCGAGCGCAGCGGCGGAAGGGAGGACUCGGCGACACCGCAGGAGCCGGUCCGAGGAACGGGCUACGGGGUCGGAUGCUGCUGGGCAGGGACGGGCGCGGCCGCAGAGCUUCAUGCCGAGGAUCAGUCAGGCUGAGUCGACCGAGUAAGCUAUAAAAUAGGUACUUAUUAGGUACAUAUUUUAUAUGGACGUAUCUACGACAUAGUUAUGCCUUGGACGUACACGAAAUGUAAAGGAUACUUAGGAAGGAAAAAUUAAUCCAAUAUUAAUAAUUCAAUUCAAUAGAAAGGGGGUUUCUCGAACGAGUGAUUGACGUGUAAACAACUUAAGAUUGGCGGUAUAUGGAUGCUAGGUCGUUGAUUGGUCCCCCUUUAUUUACA